CUGGAUUUUGGAGAAUUAUUUUGUUCGUCCUGAAACCGAAAGAUUUCUUGCUGGAGAAAGAUUUACAUUGGAGAGGAAGAGAUGCUCUGCCGUUACGGACUUGGGCUGCUGUUUCUGUUCGGGAAAGUGUGUCUGAUGGUUCUUGGUCACAAGGAGGCCAGCAGUGAUGAGUCUGGUGCCCAGCUCAUGGCACCUGGUCUUGGGCAAGCAGAGAGAGCCUCUCCCCUUAAGCUAUGGAGGUUUCAUGGAAAGACCGAACCCUCUCACCUCUUGUCCCUGGACCCCUCCAAAGACCCACACAAGCAGGAUCCACAGCUGUCAAAACAUUUGAGCUCCAGCCCUCCCUUGGCAGCACGUGCCAGACGCCACCCCUUCCUGAAGAGCGGAAAGUUCCAGAAGAUGUUUGGCUGGGGAGACUUCUACUCCAACAUCAAGACGGUGCGCCUCAACCUGCUGGUGACCGGCAAGCUGGUGGACCACCACAACGGCACCUUCAGCGUCUACUUCCGCCACAACUCCACGGGCGAGGGCAACGUCUCCGUGAGCCUGGUGCCGCCGGGCAAGGCGCUGGAGUUCGACCUGGAGCGCCAGAGCGUGGUCUACCCCAAGGACUCCAAGACGUUCACGUGCCGCGUGGACUACGAGAAGGCCGAGCGGAGCAAGCGCACGUUGCCGUGCAACUACGACCCGUCCAAGACGUGCCUGCAGCAGCAGACGCAGAGCCACAUCUCCUGGCUCUGCUCGCGGCCCCUCCGCGUCAUCUGCAUCUACAUCUCCUUCUACAGCACCGACUACCGGCUCGUCCAGAAGGUCUGCCCAGACUACAACUACCACAAUGCCCUGCCCUACCUGCCCUCGGGGUAACCGUGGACACCAGGGCAAACACUGGACACGGAGAAGAGACAGAUAGUCAUGGAUGAGAUAAAGUCAGAGGUCCACACAGUCAGAGAAUACAGUAUAUUUUCACACAGGGGCUUGCUGUUUGAGCCGUGGCAAAGCAUAUGAUUUAAUGCUUGGACCCAUCAUAAGGACUACAAGUAACGUGUUGUUCUAAUAUCUGUAAAUCAAUAUGUUAUCAUUGGAGUAUGAUAUGUUUCAAAAAGCAUACAAGAAGGUCUAUUUUGUCUCUGAUGAAUCUUUGAAUGUUUUUUUUUUAUUUCUCAAGGACCCAGUAGAUGUUAUCUUUUCUGUGUUCAUACCAAACCAAGGACACUGAGACGCUCUAAGCAUGUUCUAUUCACACAUAGAAUUACAAUCCCACGGAUGAUUGGUCCUCCUUUGUUGUAGUUCAACACACCCAAGCAUGAAGGGGGUUAGUGGGGAGUGCAUUCAAACAUUAUCAACCAAAUUCAACACUCUAUGAAGGCGGAGUCUAAAUUGAUUGAUGGCUGGGCUUUGUGACAAAGUGGGUUGGUUUAAAAGUGGGUUGG